CGCGCCGCGGCUCGAGCCCUACGGCCUCUUUCCACGGCCGCCCCCGCUGCAGCCUCCUUCCCCACCUCCUGCGGCCGGAGGACGUCUACGCGGGCCGAGGGGCGGCGGCGGCGAGAUGGAGCUCGGGGCCGGCGGCCGCGGCGCCGUUCGCAAACGCGGGGCUGGGCCCGCGAGCCCUCCGCCGCUCGAGGAGCAGGAGCGGAAGCGGGAGCAGGAGAAGCUGUCCGGGGUGGUGAAGAGCGUCCACCGGCGGCUCCGCAAGAAGUACCGGGAAGUGGGAGAUUUUGAUAAGAUCUGGCGAGAACAUUGCGAGGAUGAGGAAACACUUUGUGAAUAUGCUGUUGCAAUGAAAAAUUUGGCAGAUAAUCACUGGGCAAAAAGUUGUGAAGGUGAAGGACGUAUUGAAUGGUGUUGUAGUAUAUGCAGAGAAUAUUUUCAAAAUGGUGGAAAGAGAAAAGCACUUGAAAAAGAUAAAAAAGGAGCUGUACUUGCCACUAAGACCACUCCAGCCUUAAAUACACAUGAACAGUCUAAACUUGAAGGUCAUUUAACCAACCUCAACUUUACAAAUUCUGAAAUUAUAACUGAGUUGCUACAAACCUCAGGGAAGAUCAGAUUACUUGAUGUUGGCAGCUGCUUUAACCCAUUUAUGAAGUUUGAAGAAUUUCUAACUGUUGGCAUAGACAUUGUACCUGCCGUAGAGAGUGUAUAUAAAUGUGACUUCCUGAACUUGCAGCUUCAGCAACCACUCCAGCUUGCACAGGAUGCUAUAGAUGCCUUUUUGAAGCAGCUGAAAAACCCUAUUGAUUCUCUUCCUGGAGAACUUUUCCAUGUGGUUGUUUUCUCUCUCCUUCUUUCUUAUUUUCCAUCACCUUACCAGAGAUGGAUUUGCUGCAAGAAAGCGCAUGAACUGUUAAUGUUAAAUGGUUUAUUGCUUAUCAUCACACCUGAUUCCUCCCAUCAGAAUCGUCAUGCUAUGAUGAUGAAAAGCUGGAAGAUUGCUAUAGAGUCCCUGGGCUUUAAACGUUUCAAGUAUUCAAAAUUUUCACAUAUGCAUCUGAUGGCAUUUAGAAAAAUAUCCCUAAAAACUACAAGUGACUUGGUGUUCUUAGUCCACUGGGUGAAAUUCUGGUCUGGAGGAUACAGGCCUUGCCUGCAUAGAAGCAAGUAUUGAAGAAUAAAUGUUCCUGCUAUUAGAAUCUUUACAUUGCCAUCAAUAACUGCAUUUGAAAUCUCCUGUCACUGAAAUGGUUCCCAGGUGAUUGUUUUAUUUCCAGGUGUUUGGCUGUGGAUGUGCCAGAUGUCAGGAAUAGACCCUGAUAUUUCUAAUAAAUUUCAAAAUAAAUGUUGCCAAGCAAAGGGGAUUUAGAUCAUGCUCUGGAGGGCCUCAGGUGCCAGACUGAGCUUAGGCUUCAUUCUUUAGCCUAGCGAUUUUCAAUCUGUGUGCAACAAUUUUUAAAACAUUCAGGGGCACUGACCUCUUUUUCCCUUAGCAGUGGUCGGCAAACUGCGGCUCGCGAGCCACAUGUGGUUCUUUGGCCCCUUGAGUGUGACUCUUCCACAAAAUACCACGGCCUGGGUGAGUCUAUUUUGAAGAAGUGGCGUUAGAAGUUUAAGUUUAAAAAAUUGGGCUCUCAAAAGAAAUUUCAAUCGUUGUACUGUUGAUAUUUGGCUCUGUUGACUAAGGAGUUUGCCGACCACUGCCUUAGAGUGUCAAAUUAAAAAAAUGACAAUAGCCAACACAACAACAGCCAUCAGAUAUGAAUGCCCUGUCUUGAACAAUAAACAUGUAAGUCAUAUAACAGUGUUGGAUCUUAUUGGUCAUGUUGCAUACUUAACACAAUAAAAUUGUGUCUGAUUAA